AUGUCCAAAAGCUUGUUCUACCGUAUAACCCAACUAAGGUCGACCAUCGGCAUGCCGCCAGUGACCAAGAAAAACAUCAAGGCGCUCGGCUUAAGAAGAAGAAACCAAACAGUAUACCAGAGAGUUUCAGCUGCCACUGCCCACAGACUCAGAUUGGUGAAGGAGAUGGUUUCCAUUGAUUUGCUAAAGGAACCAGAGGUGGAGGAGUCGAAGAAACUCGAUAAGCCCAAGUGGGCCAAGGGAUUUACCCAGGUCGGUAAGGCGUCCCAGAGAGGCAGGUUAACGCAAUCCAUCUUUACUUCCACGUUUGCCAUUUGUUUCCUAUUGGUGGGAGCCAACCAGAUCGUUCCUUGUCCUGUUGAUAGUGUUCAUGGGAACGACUCUGUGGUCGACGAGAGGAUGAAAAAGGCCCAGAUGGCCAAGAAGGAGAAGGAGACGCAGAGCUGA